AUGAUACGUCUUCUCAAGUGCCUCCCAGGUGACGACGGCUUUGAGCUAGCCUCUUUUGAUGAUGACCUCGCUCCUCCGUACGCUAUCCUCUCGCACACCUGGAUAGAAGGCCAGGAAGUCACGUAUAGUGAGCUACUAGCAGGUUCAGGUGUGGACAAAGGCGGCUACAAAAAAAUCCGCUUCUGCGGCGAGCAAGCUACCGCAGAUGACCUCGAAUAUUUCUGGAUCGACACCUGCUGCAUCGACAAGUCUAAUAGCGUGGAGCUAAGCACAGCAAUCAACUCUAUGUUCCGCUGGUACCAGCAUGCAAGCAAAUGUUAUGUAUACUUGAUAGACGUCUCAGUGCCCCAGCACAUCGAUGAUGCUCAGGCCUCCCGCGCAUGGGAACCAGCUUUCCGGCAAAGCAGGUGGUUUACCCGAGGGUGGACGCUUCAGGAAUUACUUGCGCCUACUACUAUCAAGUUCUUCUCGGUGGAUGGCAAGCUGUUAGGCAAUAAGGUCUCGCUAGAGCAGGAAAUACACGACAUUACCAGCAUUCCUAUUAAUGCAUUACGUGGCCAGAAUCUCGCUGAUUUUGGCGUUUCCGAGCGAAUGAACUGGGUGGCGAAACGUACUACAAAAUGGAAGGAAGACAAAGUGUACUGCCUUCUAGGGAUUUUUGGCGUUUUCUUGCCCCUUAACUAUGGAGAGGGGGAAGAAUAUGCGACUCAGCGGUUGCGGGAUGAGAUACAGAAGCGCCAACAUAGACAGACUCAGACGCAUCUACAGGACUUGCCUGUUUCCUUAUCGCUGCCGUUUACCCGAAACGAGCUCUUUGUUGGGCGAGAAAGCCAGCUCCAGGCGAUCGAACAGACCCUCCUCUCGCGUAGUACACAUCAACGUAUGACAAUUUACGGACUCGGAGGUUGUGGAAAAUCGGCGCUUGCGAUCGAGUUCGCGUAUCGCGCAUUGGCGACCAAUGCCAUACAUCAAAUCUUCUGGGUUCCUGCUAUGAGUCGGGAAAGCGUCGAGCUUGCCUUUCGAGAGAUCGCCAUCCGCCUAAACAUACCGGGAAUAAGCGAUGGCAACGCUAAUCUAAAGCAGCUCGUGAGGGAUACAUUAAGCUCGAGAGUCUCGGGCGAUUGGCUGAUGAUCGUUGACAACGCCGACGACCCAAGUAUAUUACUGGAAUCUGAUAGUGAAGACCCGAGAUCAACACCACUGAUCGACUAUAUCCCACAUAGUGAUGAGGGAGCGAUCCUUUUCACCACCCGCAGUAGGAAAGCGGCCAUAGAGUUAUCCCAGAACUAUGUACUUCCGCUAGACGACAUGGGUGGAGCUGAAGCUCGACAACUACUCUUGCAUCGAACGACAAACAAUGCGUUACUGGAUGACGAGCCCGCUAUCAACGAGCUGUUGGAAAUGCUCACCUAUCUUCCACUUGCCAUUGUACAAGCAGCCGCUUUCAUGAACCAAAAUGACGUAUCAGUUGCUAGAUACGUAUCAUUACUACAGCAUGCUAGUACCGAAGCUGAGCUCUUCAGCGAGCGUUUUGAAGAUCCUAGUCGAUACCAGCGCACUGAUAGCACGGUUGCAAGGACCUGGUACAUAUCUUUUGAGCAUAUUCGGAGACAAGACCCUCUCGCAGCAGAUUACCUUUCAUUCAUAGCAUGCAUCGAUCGGACCGAUAUUCCUCAGUCGCUCUUGCCGCCAGGGAACUCAAGAGUACAACAUACCAAAGCUCUAGGAACCUUAACAGGAUAUGCGUUUCUUACUGAGCGUCAGCAAACAAUCCAAGGGUCUGGCAAGGAGAGCUAUUUCCAUAUGCACCGGCUAGUGCACAUGGCGUUGAGCUGGUGGCUGGAAGCACACAGUCAGCGGAAGGCCUGGGUAGACAUAGCAGUUCUCCGUGUCACGGAACUCCUACUGUUCAGCGAAUGGGUAAUAUGGGGGGCGUACCUUCCGCACGCGAUCCACGUUGUAGGACUGGAGGGUGCUAGAAACAGCCUCAAUGGUGCUGCACUCCUCGGAUAUAUCGGGCGAUCUCAACAAAGCAUUGGCCAAUAUGCUGCAGCAGUGAUAGCCUACCGAGAAUCAUGGUGUUUAAUGAAGGAGAUGCUUGGGCAUGAGCAUCCCGACACGCUCCAGUGCGCGGGGAACCUUGGAUGGGCGCUAGAGAUGGAUGGAAAAUACGAUGACGCAGUAGCGAUCCAUUAUCGAACAUUAGAGAGUAGAGAGAAGGUGCUUGGCAGACAGCAUCCCAACACGCUCAUUGGUAUCAGCCAGCUUGGGUCAGUACUGUCAAAGCAGGCAAAGUUCAAGGAGGCAGAGAAAAUGCUACGUCGAGCACUAGCAGGAAAAGAGAAAGUAAUUGGCCGAGAGCAUCCUGAAACUAUUGCCAGUGUUGGCCAGCUUGGAACACUACUAGAGAGGCAGGGAAAGUAUAAGGAUGCUGAGAAGAUGAUACGUCGAGCACUAGAAGGAGGAGACAAGAUUCUCGGCCGAGAUCACCCUGAAACGCUCACCUGCCUUAGCCGGCUUGGAUCAGUGCUAGAGAGGCAAGGAAAAUACGAGAAUGCAGAAGCAAUACAACGACAAGCGCUAGAAAUAAGAGAAAGAAUCCUGGGGCAGGAGCACCCUGCUACACUUAGCAGUGCCGGACAGCUGGGGAUGGCUCUCAUGGGCCAAAAAAACUUUGAGGAGGCGGAGGUGGUCGUUCGACGAGCGCUGGAAGGAUUUGAGAAGAUAUUUGGGCGAGAGCACCCGGAUACACUUCUGAACGUGUACUCCCUUGCUCUAAUUCUUGAACAGCAACAUCGUAAUGACGAGUCUCUCGCUCUGUACCAGUGGGCAUGCGCAGGGUUCUCCGCCACCCUUGGAGAUACCCACCAAACCACUAAGGUCUGUCAUGAAGACUAUGCUGAUUUAAAAGGUAAACUCGAGUUGUCCAAAAAGAAGGGUAUAUGGCAGUUGCGUGAGAAGGCAAGACUGCGCUGGCGUCGCUCCACGGUUAUCUAUUGAUACAACGUACAAUGGGCCGCAGUCAACCACAUAAGUGUUCGACUAGCAAGUCUCUGUUAGCUCAUGAUGCCGAUCUGCCUUUCGAAGAAAGACAAGUCUAACUCAACGCAGAAGGACCCGAUACCAUGGUAAAUAGAGUUACUUCACCA